AUGCAGAUCGUCGUAGACAGAAGGAUAAUACCGUUACUAGGCGUCUGGUAUAAAGAUGUCAAAAAACUUGAGGAUGUUGAUGAUCGUGAUCGGAAGAAAAGAUGCCUUUGUCAGCUUAAUGGAAUUUAUCUUAUUGAAAUAUGGUAUGAUGAGAAUCCAGAAGUUACUAUUCCUAAGAAGAUAA